AUGAAGACUUUCCUUGCUGUCGGUCUCCUUGCAGCUCUCUGCCAGUCAGCCUUCAGUCUCGACGAGGGAAUCUACCAAAUCGGCUCCGCCUCCCUCAGCCCAUCUAUGGUCCUUACCCAGAAUGAGGACGAGGACUCUAAUCCGAUCGUUUUCGAAGUGGACACCCGUGAGUUCACCCAGCUCUGGAACAUCACCGCGAGCAAUGAGUUCCCAGAAUACUUUGCAAUCCAAGCCCUUUCUGGAACCUAUAUCAACUGUGGUACUGAUGAGGGAACCAAUUGCUCUCUGACCGAUGAUCCUCAUCUUUACAAGCCGGAGGCUGUUGGUGAUAAGGCAUAUGAGCUCGUUGAGAAGGAAUCUGGUUACUUUUUGCUUGUCAAUGAUGAUCGUAAGCUGCAACUUUCCAAUUGGGAUCACAGUCCGGAAGAGCAGUUUGUUUUCGUUGAGUUCCAAGAAUAG